UUCUUUCUUUCUUUAAUUUUUGAUUUGUUUCCGAUAUUGAGAAAUGAGAAAAUCAAGUUUCGUCUCAUUCAUCCCUCGAAUCAACGAUGCUUAAGGGUUUGCCCCAAAAAUUAUAUAAACACAAAUCUCGAUACUUACAAAGCUUGUGACUUUAAUUCUUUUCUCUAACAAAGAGUAAAGCUUCUUCCUUUCUCUCCUCCUCCUCCUCUGUUUUUAAUCUCUCUGGAGUCUGGAGCAAAGGAAGGAAUCAUGAUAAAUCCAUUGUUAUCAAUCCAAAACUCCCCAACCAAGUUCUUGAAACCACCACUUUCGUUCGUUAGCAGACAACAACAACAACAACAAGAAGAGAGGCAGAGGAAGAACAAUACCCUUUUCACGGUGGAUACCAAACCAAGAAGAGCGAAGACAUUCGCGUGUCUCUCCAUAAGCAGAAGAAGAAACAACGAUGGUGGUGGUGUCUCUGAAUCUGGAGAAACGGCGGUGGGGUUUGAACAAGUGGGUGGUAAAAAAGCAAUCUCGAUCUUGUGUGGGUUAGGUUAUUGGGUACAAGGGUCAAGAUGUUUCCCAUGGCUUGCACUUAACUUCCAUAUGGUUCACACCCUCGCACUCCAACCAUCCACGCUUCAGCUUGUGCAAUACUCUUGCCUUCUUCCCAUGGUCGCUAAACCUCUCUACGGUGUUCUCUCAGAUGUUCUUUACAUCGGAAGUGGUCGUCGAGUUCCUUACAUCUCCAUUGGAGCUUUUCUGCAGGUCUUAGCAUGGGGUUCAAUGGGAAUAUUCCAAGGAGCUAGAGAAGUCCUUCCUUCUCUCAUUGCGUUUGUCCUGCUAAGUAACCUUGGAGCAUCCAUCACCGAGGUUGCAAAAGACGCUCUUGUUGCGGAAUAUGGUCUGAGAUACCGAAUCAACGGUCUCCAGUCUUAUGCACUCAUGGCUUCAGCAGCUGGUGGAGUCCUUGGAAACUUACUUGGAGGAUAUCUCUUACUCACAGCACCUCCAAAGUUCUCCUUUCUUGUUUUCAGUGGUUUGUUGGCUCUGCAGCUCGUUGUUUCUUUAUCUUCCAAAGAAGAAUCUUUCGACUUACCACGGAUAGUAGAGACAAGCUCGGUUUUAGAUAGUGUAAAGAAAUCGUUAUCAAAUCUGACGCAAGCGAUUCAGGCGGAUGAGAUCUCUCAGCCUUUGAUUUGGGCAGCAGUAUCCAUUGCCAUGGUCCCUCUUCUCUCAGGUUCAGUCUUCUGUUACCAAACUCAAGUUCUAAAUCUAGAGCCUUCUGUUAUUGGAUCGUCGAAAGUUAUUGGACAGAUGAUGCUUCUCGGUCUAACCGUGGUCUAUGAUCGAUACUUGAAGACACUUCCCAUGAGACCACUGAUGUAUAUCAUCCAACUCUCAUACGGUUUGUCCAUUCUCCUCGACUUCAUCUUGGUGAAGCAAAUAAAUCUACGGUUGGGAAUCUCCAACGAGGUUUACGUGCUGUGUUUUUCAAGCUUAGCAGAGAUCCUAGCACAGUUCAAGAUCCUUCCCUUUGCAGUCAGAUUAGCCAGUAUGUGUCCACGAGGGUGUGAAGGAUCAGUCACAUCAUUUCUUGCUUCAGCUCUGUGUCUAUCACAGAUAGUUAGCGCAUUCUUAGGCGUGGGGUUGGCUAAUCUGAUUGGUAUAACGUCAAGUAACUAUUCAAACUUAUCUUCAGGGAUUCUCGUACAGUCUCUAGCAGCUUUGAUACCUUUGUGUUUCCUACACUUUGUUCCAAUGUCGGAACCUGUGAUUGAGAAAGAAGGCAAGAGAGGUGUAAGUAAAAGAAACAGGAGAAACAGACGUGUUGGGAGAGUAGUAGAUAAAGGAAACGUUGCUUAUCGACGGGAAAGAGAAUCAGAAGAAGCACAAAGAUAGCGUUUAAGUAUAGUAAAAUAAAAGUACGAAAUUAGAAUAGUGAAACCACAACUGUGACCAAGAAGCUUUUACUCUCUCGUGUUGGUCAUGUAUAUUUUUGUCUAUAUAUACUGAGAUUUUUCCAUUUUUUCUCUUUCUCUGUUUCUUGUGGCAGAAUUAUCAUUGGUUCAUGAAUGUCAUCUGAAUUUGGAUGCUACAGUGUCUCUGAUUCUUGGAAAAAAAUAAGAUAGCUUCUUUGGCUGACUC